AAACACCUUUGGGGCCUCUUCCUGAUACCUCCCAAGACAUCUCACCUCCCCCCUUGACAAAUCUUCCAUCCCAUACUACAUAACCCCAUGUCCCUAUGCGAUGAGUCGUCAUCCUCAUCUUAUAUAUCCUAUUCUGUCUCCCUCUUCCCAGCCUCCCUCGGCUACCAAUUCUAUUUCUCCACCUAAUUUAACUCCAACUUCCUCACCCUCUGUUCUGUAUGCUAGACCAACUCAUCACUGUCAUCCCAAUCCACGUUAUUUUGGUAUGUCCUUUGUUAACAACUCCACACUUCACCCCACUCCUGCCACUCUUGAACCCCGUACCAUUACCCAAGCAUUGGAAGACCCAUUAUGGCGGAAAGGAAUGGACGAUGAAUACUCCGCUCUCUUACAGAAUCAGACAUGGGAGCUUGUUCUACGGUCACACCAUUCUACUAUUGGGUGCAAGUGGGUAUUUCGCAUCAAACACAAGUCGGGCGGCUCAAUUGAUCGGUACAAGGCCCGCUUAGUGGCCAAGGGAUACUUUGAAGAAGUUAUUAUUUUGAUACCUUUAGCCCGGUAAUGAAGCCUGUGACGGUUAGAAUCAUUCUCACUCUUGCUCUUCACAAUCAUUGGUCCCUUCGCCAACUAGAUACCAAUAAUGCGUUUCUCAACGAUACCUUACAUGAGGAAGUAUACUUGGAUCAGCCAUCGGGGUAUUCUAAUCCCCAAUUUCCAUCACAUGUUUGUCAUCUCUGCAAGGCACUGUACGGCCUCAAACAGGCCCCUAAAGCGUUGUACACUGUGCUCUCUAAUUUCCUGAUUGGUUUUGGUUUCAGGAAAUCCCGAGCUAAUGCUCCACUGUUUUUAUUUAUGCUUCUCAUGGAGUUGUUAUGUAUUUUUUUGUACAUGUUGAUGACAUUGUUUUGACAGGGAAUGAUACUCCAUUUAUUGAUCAGUUUGUCUCUCUGCUAGCUCAACGAUUUUCAUUGAGAGAUAUGGGCAUGCUCAGUCACUUCUUAGGUAUGGAAUUAAUACCCACUUCAGCGGGUCUCCUCCUAUCCCAAUCUGAGUAUAUCACAGAAAUUCUGUCUUAGUUUCACAUGGAUGGUGCGGGACCUGUGUCUACUCUAAUGUCCUCUUUUGACAAGCUUCCUUUGGUUAAUUCCUAUGCUGUUGUGGACACAUCCGAUUAUCGUCGUCUCCUUGACCUUCUUCAGUCCCUUAGCCUCACACGACCUAAUGUUUCAUAUGCCACCAAUUGGCUCUCUCAACACAUGCAUAGCCCGGUUGCUGCUCAUUGGUUGGCUGCUAAGCGCAUUCUCCGUGACCUCAAAGGUUCCACAUGUCAUGGGCUAUUACUUUGUCCAGGCAAGUUCUUAUCAAUCUCAGCGUUUGCAGAUGCCGAUUGGGGCGGCUUGGGCACCUCUGGCAAGUCCACCACUGCAUAUGUCGUUUAUUUUGGUUCGAGCAUUGUCUCCCGGAAAUCAUCACUUCACAAAUUGGUGUCUCGCUCUUCCAACGAAGCUCAAUAUUGUGCUCUUGCCAAUGCUAGUGCUGAGGUGUUGUGGAUUCAAAAUUUUCUACGUGAUAUUGGUGUUGUCCCCUCUUCAGCUCCAUCCCUUUUCUGUGAUAACCUAAGUGCUACAUACGUUUGCAAAAAUUCAGUUUUUCAUUCCGAAGUGAAGCACCUCAGUUUGGACUAUUUUUUUUGUUCGAGAUCUAGUCGCUGCUGGACUACUUCAUGUUCAUCACGUUCCUUCCAAAGCUCAAUUGGCAGAUGUUCUGACAAAACCUUUAGGACGAGCUUUAUUUUUGCAUUUUCGGCCCAAGAUUGGAGUCUCUGAUGGAUCCUCCAUCUUGUGGGGGCGCGAUAAGGAAAAACAUUAGUUUAUUAUUUAUUCUCAUUUAUUUUUACUUAUCAUACUGUUGUGUAGAUAAUUUUCUUAACUGUAUUAGAUAAGUCUAGAUAGGUAUCUAUUAGGUAAAGUUUGACUACAAUUGUUAUUCUUCCUAUGUGUAUAAAUAGUGUUGUGCUGCUAUGAAUAAAAUACACAAAAACCUUUUCUUUAC